ACCAAUCAGAAGACGCCUCUUUCAUAGCCACCACGAGCCGAUGAGUAUAAAAAGACCAAGCACGCGCUACUCCAGCACCAAUCCUUUCGGAUUAUCUCCAACUGCAGACCUGCUAUCAUCUCCCUUGUGGACGUAUCACCUAUCCUUACCAGCAUCAUGACUCUUGAGGAAGUUGUCAUCCAGAAGCCCAUCGAGAGAGCUCAGUGCACUGGGAAAGCACUCGAAGAAGUUUUGGUUUUUGCCAAAAACAACGAAUGCCUCACCGUUGGUGUUUAUGAAUCUGCUAAAGUGAUGAAUGUUGACCCAGACAGCGUGUCUUUCUGCGUCCUGGCGAUAGAUGAGGACUUUGAGUGUGACAUCGCUCUUCAGAUCCACUUUACUCUCAUCCAAGCCUUCUGUUUUGACAACGACAUCAGCAUCGUCAGGGUUAACGACAUGCAGCGUCUAGCUGAAAUUGUUGGCGACAAGUCAGGAGAAUUUGAGGAUGCGCACUGCGUGCUCAUCACGAACCCAGCUGAUGGUUCGUGGGAAGAUCCUGCUUUAGAAAAGCUCCACCUGUUCUGCGAGGAAAGUCGCAGUUAUAACGACUGGGUUCCUGAGAUCACCCUGCCCGAGCGUUGAUCUUUACACUUCUUUGCUGAGAUGUUGUAAACCUUGAGGAAUACUCUGCUCAUCCUUUGAAUCAAGGAUGAUGAUGUUUCCACAUCCCUGGAUGCUCCUGAGGAGGCUUAUCAGUCCAGGCAGCGCGAGUCAGGCCCGAGUGGCCCUCGCGGUUCUACGUCGUUUCUCGUCACGUCCAUGCCAAGAUGAUCCUCAUUCUUUAUGUGAAUGAGGUCAGGUAUGCCACGAGAGCGACACAAUGGCCCUCAUUCUUUGUGCGGAUGAGGUUUGGAGAGAAAGGAGAAGCGAGUUUUGCCUCUGUUUAUUACAGAGCAAAUAUCGCAUGCGUUGGACACGCAGAGGACGCGGCGGUGCGUCGAAGCAACGUUUUUAAAAAAUGGACUUUAACAUCACCGACGUUUUUAAAAAUGUAAUUGUUGCACAAUAUAACGUACCUUAUUGUCAGCAAUGUGCUUUCCACUUUCCAGAAUUGUCUUAUACUCUAAAGGUUUCACUUUAGAAAAAUAACCAUGACAAAGAAAAGUAAAAAAAAAAGUUAACUUAACACUCUAAAGGUUUAACUUUAGAAAUAUGUGAUGAGAAAAAUAUUUAAAUAUGUCUUUUCAAUUUAUUCAUUGUA